UAACAUUCUUAAAAAUUCCACCACAAGCAAUGGAGCGGCUUCUCUCGCCAAACCAUCAGUUUUAUUUAUUAGACUGAAAAUAUAGAAAAAAAAAAAAAAAAAAAAAUUUGCAGCGCUCAUCAUGAUCUGCAGGGAGAUGGUUCCUAAAUAGAAGCCACGUUUCAUUGCAACGUGUAGCAAGUGGUGACUUUUAACCAGGCUUUCAACACGCGUAACGGUGCAUGCAAAUUGCAACAAGUUUUUGCCUCGACUUUGUUCUUAUACCCACAAUUUGGACACUCCGUCUAUAUAAGCCUAGGAUCACCAAAGCUACCAAAGUCUGCCUUCUAAUUCGUUUUCACAAAAGAUGGCAACUAAAGCCCCAGAAGUCGCCGGUGAGCCGACGCAGACCGGCACCGCCCUCCUCGAGACGGCGACCGCCGCCAUCCAAGGUUUUGGCCCCAUCAACAAGAUCCACCAGCACCUCUGCGCUUUCCACUUCUACGCCAAUGACAUGACGCGGCAAGUGGAGGCGCACCACUUCUGCGCGCACCAGAACGAGGACAUGCGGCAGUGCCUGAUCUACGACAGCCCCGACGCUGACGCCCGCCUCAUUGGCAUCGAGUACCUCGUGUCGGAGCGGCUGUUCUUGACGCUGCCGGAGUCGGAGAUGCCUCUGUGGCACUCCCACGAAUACGAGGUUAAGAGCGGCAUCCUCUUCAUGCCGAGGAUCCCCGGCCCCAUCGAGCGCCAGGACAUGGAGAAGAUCGUCAAGACGUACGGCAAGACCUUCCAUUUCUGGCAGGUCGACCGCGGCGACGCCCUCCCGCUUGGGCUCCCGCAGCUCAUGAUGAGCUUCACUAGGAAUGGCCAGCUCUAUGAUCACCUCGGCAAGGAUGCUGAGAAGCGUUUUGGGGUGAAGUUUGAGGAGGAGAGAGAGAAGAGAGCAUAUAUGAAAGGGCCUGACCUUGGAAUUCAUCCCAAGGCAAAUGGAGAAAGAAAUGGACAGAAAACGGAGCUUAGGGAGGUUGUUGUCACUAGGAAGCCAAUGGCUGCCGAAUCUGCCACAAGGGGCUUUGUUUGAGACGACCCCUCUCCUCUCUGAUAUAUUUUAUAUACAUACAUAUAUAUUUAUAUAUGUAUACAUAAUAUGUACACACUUAUUACAAAUGUAUGUAUGUCAUAUUACUUUGAUGACAUGUGCCGAUGACGUUCGUUUUUGUGUAUUUUGGACUUGUCCUUGGGUUUAAUAUGCUGGUAAUUAGU